AUGAGCACCGAGGCCACGCCGGCGCGACACUGGCGAUUCUAUAUACCAAGGGCUUCAGACUGCUGCCCCAGAUGGACGACAUGUGGCAGGGCUCCUCCGCCUCCUGACACCUGCAGGUACUCUCGUCCACCUGGCUCACCACGCCCACCACCUUGGCGAACGGGCCUGGGCGUGCGGGCGUGGUGUGACAUGAGCAGCGUGGGCGGGGGCUGGACGGUGGUGGCCGGCAGAAGGGCGCACCAGCCGGAGGUCAACUUCUCGCGGCCUCUUCUACACUACCAGUUUGGCUUCGGCGACCCGGAAAACCAACACUGGCUGGGCCUGGACCACAUGCACGCCCUUACACGCGCCACAAACUCCACAUUGAGAGUCGUCCUCCACCACUACGCCCUCCCCGCGCCUCUUCACGCCACCUACCAAGCCUUCAGCGUGGGCAGCCGAGAGGACGGUCACCGCCUCACCGUGGAGGGCUACGACCCUUCCAGUACCGCUGCCGACGCUCUCUCCCCCCACAGCGGCGCCCCCUUCACGUGCCCGGACCCCCGCUACUCAGGUAACUCGUGCGUGGAGGAGGUGGAGGCGGGCUGGUGGUUCCUGGAGGCGCCCCUGUGUUACCUGGCGCUGCCCACGGGCCUGGCGGCACCCCCGGAGCCAGGCAGGGGCGUGCGGGGGACCCUGGCGUGGCUGGGGCUGCAAUACUCCCCUGAAACGUUCCUUCUUAUGAUUCGGCGCGAGGGAGAGUCAGGCUAGUUUAGGAUUUUUUUUUUAUCUUAUGCAUUAUGUGAGUUAGGUGAGCAAUCAUUACAUAGUUUUGCUAUUAUCAUCACUAUUACAGCUGUCACCUCCUCCUCUACUGUAUAUUGCUGCUAUUACUGCUAAUAUUUUGCUUCCUUUUCUUCUUCAUCUACUACUACUACUACUUCUACUACUACUAUUACUAUUACAACAACAACAACAACAACAACAACAACAACAACUACUACUACUACUACUACUACUACUACUACUACUACUACUACUAUAAUAUUACUUCUCAUGACUGCAUAAAUAUUGUUUCUUUUGCAAGUUUCAUUUAUGUAAUCCAUUAUAUUUCACCUCAAAUCCAAGUGAUUACAUAUAUUGCAACCUGACAUGGUAUAGCCUAGUUAAAUAAUAGAAUUACAGAACUACAAUAUUUAAUUACAGUAUUCCUUUCAUGAGGGCUAGUUCAUCUUUGUAAUUAGAAUACGCCAACCCGUUUAUUUUAUUCCUACUUAACUAAUUCAUGCUUUCCAUCAGUAUAAUGUAAAAGCUGAGUUUUAUUCAAGAUCAAUUUCCAAUCUAAAUUUUCUUUUCGAUUACAAUCAAUAAUCCAGUAAUUAAUAAUCCGAUAAUAGUUAGUAAUCCAACCAAUCUGUCAUUAAAAGCCGAAUAUCUACUCUAAGUUUCCAUGGAUAUAUGUAUUUAGAACAAUAUAGGUUAAUAAUCUGACCUAUCCUUCAUUAAUAGCUUAAUAUGUCCUUAAAGUUUCCAUGGAUACGUAACUCAUCCAGGUUCCCCAACAGGUAAAAUAAACAACACUAAUCCAAUUUUGCCGGAAGAGCAUUCUAUAUUUUGUUCCAUGAUCCAUUACCAGUUGUCUGAUAUGUAAUCUACGUUGCAACCUACACCAAAUUAAUACCUAUACCAAACUAAUACCUAUACCAAACUAAUCUAAAAAUGUAUUACUUAAUAGCCUCGCUUUGUAUUAAGAGAGUAUUAGGCUAGAAUCAACAGUUACCGUCAUCAGUAGCCUAAUAUUCAAUCCAAGUUUCCAGCUAUAGCCUACCAAAUUAACCUCAAGAAUAUCGCCGGGAAUAGCCUAGGUUUCCAUUAUAUAGUAUUAGAUCACUAUGAAGAGGUUGUAAUAACAGUUAAGUAUGAAAGGAUUUUUUUUAUUUGUACUGUAUUAUUUUUCUUGUUUUGAUAAUACGGAUUUAUCGCCAUAUUAUGCAGAAUGGCGUCUAUAUAAACUAUAAAUAUACACACACACACGUAAUGUAAUAUAUACACACAAAACAUUCGUAUAUAAAAUAGUAUGAAGAAUAUAAAUAACUAGUGAAUGUGUUAUUUAUGAAGGCAGUUUGCAUGGUUUGGUUUGGAAAAAAAUGUAUGGAGGUAUUGUGUGCAUGGUAAGUUGUGUUCUCUGUGAAUCAUCGUUUCACCUGAGGAACCAUGAAAAGCCUAUACAUAAUAACAUAAUAGUGGUGGCAGUAUAUAAAUAGCGGAUAUAGAAUUAUAUAUGAAUGUUUUUUUAUAGUUUUUUUUUAAUGCCGGUAUCAGAUGAGAAAAUGUAUGGAGGUGUGGUUGGCACUUCAUGAUACUUGAUGCAGGAAUAAAAACUUUGGGUAGACUUUAAAAAGAUGGGAAGAGAAAUAAUGAUUGUGAUUAUUGUACCUCCAGAUGUUGAUACAAGGAAAUUGUUGUUGCAAAAUAAAACAAUGAGGAAAACUGUG